AUGUCGGAUGAGAAGGAGCAGCAGAAAGAUGCUCAAGAGGCCAUCGCCAAAGAAACACAACCCAGUCAGAAUGUCUGCCCCAAGGAUUUCUCCGUGUUCACCACCAGCGAGAAGAGAGCCAUUGUUUUGAUGGGAUCUCUGGCCGGCUUCUUUUCCCCGCUCUCCUCCAGUAUCUAUUUUCCGGCGCUGGACACUAUCGCUUCCUCGCUGCAAGUAUCUAUCACCAAGAUCAAUCUUACCGUUACAACCUAUCUGCUUCUUCAAGGAGCUUCACCUAUGUUGAUUGCUGGCUUCUCUGACAAAGUAGGUAGACGGCCGGCAUACAUCAUCUGCUUCACCAUCUACAUCGCUGCAAACAUCGGUCUUUCGCUCCAAAACAGCUAUGCAGCUUUGAUGGUGCUUCGCUGCAUCCAGAGUGCCGGAAGCAGUGGCACUGUUGCUCUAUCCAAUGGUCUCGUCGGCGACAUGAUCACCUCCGCCGAACGGGGUUCAUACAUUGCCUUUGCAUCGAUUGGGCUCAUGCUGGGUCCGUCUCUUUCCCCCAUCAUCGGUGGUCUGAUCAGCCAGUAUCUGGACUGGCAUUGGAUCUUCUGGUUUUUAUUAAUCCUCAGCUCUGUCUUCUUUGCCAUUUUGCUCCUGUUCCUCCCUGAGACGUGUCGCAAAGUCGUCGGUGACGGAUCUGUUCCCCCGCCGCCUCUGAACAACAACGUCACCGAUAUAAUCCGACAUCGUCGUCGCAAGAGAGCUGGACUCGCAGCAGACCAAGCGACAAUUGCCGAAUACCGCAAGAACUACCGCUUCCAGCUCCCCAACCCGCUCCCGACCCUCCUCAUCGCGUUCGAGCUCGAAACCGGCCUAAUCCUCCUCGCCGCAGGAUUGGUAUUCGCCGGGUUCUACGCCGUCAUGACCGGCGCCUCCACCUCCUUCCAUGAGAUCUAUGGCUUCAACGAUAUCCAGUCCGCACUGAUGUACAUUCCUAUCGGCGCAGGCGGAAUUGUGGCCGCCUUUGUUACCGGGCCCCUAGUCGACUGGAACUUCCGCCGCCAUGCCAUCCGUGCGGGCCUCCCCGUCGAGAAACGAAAGCAGAGCGAUCUCAGUAACUUUAAUAUUGAGCGAGCUCGGCUGGAGAUUGCCUUGCCGGCUUUUUACAUCUGCUGCGUCAUGAUGAUCGCCUACGGGUGGGUGAUGAACCAUAAGGUUAAUCUUGCCGGUCCGGUGAUCCUUCUAUUCCUCUUCUCGUUAGGUCUUAGCUGCGCGUCGCAAGUGUUGAAUGCGCUCUUGGUGGAUCUGUGGCCGAAACGGUCUGCUGCUGCGACGGCGGCGAAUAAUCUGUUUCGGUGUGAGUUGGGUGCUGGGGCGUCGGCGGCCAUUGCACCCAUGACGAACGCCAUGGGGCAUGGGUGGGCGUAUACAACCCUGGCGCUGAUAUGUGUGUUGUCUACCGGGUGUUUGUGGUGGACGAUGUUCUUUGGGAUUCGAUGUCGGCAGAAGAGGGCACAACGGGAGCAGGCGAGGCGGAGUUGA